AUGAAUUACUCCCAGUUUAUCACCACUGUGAGUGCAGCAAGAAAAGCAUCUCCAAUAAGACUUCUGAGUGAGUUGAGAUCUGAACUGAUGCAGAAGUCUCCUUCAUCUCUCAUCUCUCUAGCUGGAGGGGCACCAAACCCUAAUGUUUUUCCAUUUAAGAGGGCUACUGUUGCCAUUGGACAUGGAACUGCUGUUGAGAUUGGGGAAGAUCUGAUGAAGAGAGCACUCCAGUACUCAGCCUCAGCAGGGAUUCCAGAGCUCUUGUCCUGGCUAAAGGCUUUCCAGCAGAAUCUACAUAACCCCCCCACAGCCAACUACAGUCCUGAACAAGGACAAAUGGAAGUGUGUGUCACAACGGGCAGCCAGGAAGGCUUGUGUAAAGUGUUUGAAAUGCUUAUUAAUCCUGGGGACAACAUCCUUUUGGAUGCACCUACAUACUCUGGGACACUAGCAGCUCUGAGACCUUUGGGUUGUAACAUAAUUAACAUUCCUAGUGACCAACAUGGCAUUAUUCCAAAAGCUCUAAAAGAAAUUCUAUCUACUUGGAGCUCAGAAGAUGUAAAAAAUCGUAGCCACCACCUCCCCAAAUUCUUGUACACUAUUCCGAACGGAUGCAACCCAACUGGAAACUCUCUGACCACAGAGCGCAAGAAGGAGAUUUACCAGCUUGCGAGAAAAUAUGAUUUCCUUAUAAUAGAAGAUGAUCCUUACUACUUUCUUCAGUUUGAAAAGCCAUGGGCUCCAACUUUCCUCUCAAUGGAUGUGGAUGGCAGAGUUAUCAGGACUGACUCUUUCUCUAAAAUUCUCUCAUCUGGGUUAAGAAUAGGUUUUCUGACAGGUCCCAAGCCUCUUAUCGACAGAGUUAUUCUACACAUUCAGGUUUCAACAAUGCACACCAGCACUUUCACACAGAUUAUGAUAUCACAGCUGCUUCAGCAAUGGGGAGAAAAGGGUUUCUUGGAGCAUGUAGACAGAGUUGUGGAAUUCUACAGGACCCAGCGGGAUGCAAUGCUCAUUGCCGCUGACAGGUGGUUAAAAGGCUUGGCAGAAUGGUACCCUCCUGCUGCUGGCAUGUUCUUGUGGAUCAAAAUUAAGGGUGUUUCUGAUACACAGCAGCUGAUCAUGGAAAAAGCUUUGCAGAAGGAAGUGUUACUGGUUCCUGGAGGAGCAUUUAAUAUCGAUAGUUCAGAGCCUAGUUCUUAUGUCAGAGCCUCCUUCUCUCUGUCUUCUCCAGCCCAGAUGGAUCUCGCCUUCAAGAGACUGGCUGACCUUAUAAAAGAAGCUCUGUGAAAAAGCUAAAUGGAGCUCUUGCAGCAACCAAAAUUGUCUCCAGAAAAUAU